CGAGCGUUUCGGCGGUACUCGGCACCGACCGAAUCAGUAGAGCUGAUGCGCGAUUUGAUGCGAGAUUGGCGUUCGAAGGAGCAUCUCGCGGACGCAACUGCGUACGCGCCCGCGCGCGGGUGUGUGUGUGUGCAUGUGUGCACAGUGUGCUGACACAUAUACGUGUGUGCGUCGUUCGGUCGGCCCGUUCCGUUCGCGGUGAUAUGUGCAUGCGCGCAUGGACGUAUGCGUUGGUGACCCGCGCUCUUCGCCGAGAGCGAGCUGCUGCUGCUGCUGUUGCUGUUAUCGCUGCUGUUGCCGCUACUACUGUUAUGUAUCCUCGCGACGGCCGCUAGCUCGCCGCGACCAUGUCGCGAAAAUAAUCGCGCCGGUCUCGCGAGUGUAUGUGUCUGUCUCUCUCUCUCUCUCUCUCUCUCUAUAUAUAUAUCUUUCUGCGCGAAGUACGGAGAGGUGGUGGUCGCAUACAUUGCUCGAAUCUGCCCGUCUGUCUUACUCUUCCUCGUUCCCUUGUCAUUCAUUUUCCCCUCUGUUUUUCUCUCCUUCUACCUCGUCCUCGCUUUUCGCGCACUUCACACUCCCCGUUUCUCUCUCUCGCUCCUUGUCACUCGUCGUACCGGGACGACGUUUAUACGGUGCGUCACGGGAAAUAGUGUAUGGAUAAGAGAGACGAAUAAAGUUGACCAGGGUGUUUGGCGGUAUUCAUGGUGAGAGACAACGGAUGAAGUGAACGGUGCAGCCGUGGUAGAGUGUAAAGUACGCGAUCGUCGACGACGAAGGGGAAACCGUGGUGGCGAGAAGGGAUCCGAAGGGACAGCCUCGGUUGCAGCUGGGCGCUUGGGGGCGGUAGGGCGGGGUGGGGUGGACGGCGGGAGACGGAACAACUGACAGAAAACAAGAGAGAAAGAGAGAAAAGAUGCCGGGCCUAAUCGCCGUGAGCGAGUUCGUCGAGGAGACGAGGGAGGAUUAUAACUCGCCCACCACGUCUACUUUCGUCUCGCGAAUGCCACAGUGUAGGCAGACCAUCACGUCUCUCGAGGAGACCUUGGACUUUGAUAGAGAUGGGCUCACGAAGUUGAAAAAAGCUAUCAAGGCUAUUCAUAACUCCGGAAACGCUCACGUGGACAAUGAGAUGUACUUAGGAAGGGCGUUAGAGAGACUCGGUGACGCCGCUUUAAAGGAACAGGAACCGGAUAUAGGUGCAGCGUUCCUCAAAUUCGCGGUGGUCACGAAGGAACUAAGCGCCCUCAUGAAAACUCUGAUGCAAAACAUCAACAACAUCGUCAUGUUUCCGCUGGAUUCGGUACUGAAAGGUGAUCUAAGGGGCGUGAAGGGAGACUUGAAGAGGCCCUUCGAGAAGGCUUGGAAGGAUUACGAGGCCAAGUACGCGAAAAUCGAGAAGGAGAAAAAGCAGCAUGCGAAAGAGGCCGGUCUGAUUCGUACGGAGAUCACACCCGCCGAGAUCGCCGACGAGAUGGAGAAGGAGAGACGAUUGUUUCAAUUGCAAAUGUGCGAGUAUUUGAUCAAAGUGAAUGAGAUCAAAACGAAGAAGGGCAUCGAGCUGUUGCAGCAUCUAGUCGAAUAUUAUCACGCGCAAACAAAUUAUUUUCAGGAUGGUUUGAAGACCAUUGAACACUUCGGCUCGUAUGUAGCCGACCUCAGCGUGAAGCUGCAAAAAAUCAGACAGACGCAGGAUGAAGAAAGGAGACGACUAACGGAACUUAGGAGUCUUCUUAGGAGUUCUGGAUGUGACAAGGAGUUGAAUGCGAACGCGAACAUUGGUUACUCGCUGCACCAGCUGCAGGGUGACAAGCAACACGGCGUCACGCGUUCCGGCCACCUGCUGAAGAAGAGCGAGGGCAAGAUGAGACGAGUCUGGCAGAAGAGACGGUGCGCCGUGCAAGCGGAGGGCUACCUCGAUAUCUGCCACGCGGACGAGAAUAAACCGCCCACCAGGGUGAAUCUAUUGACCUGCCAGAUCAAAUUGGUGCCAGACGACAAACGAGGCUUCGAUCUCAUCAGCUACAAUAGGACGUACCACUUUCAAGCGGAGGACGAGGCGGACCAACGCGCAUGGAUGUCGGUCCUAGUGAAUUGCAAGGAGCGUGCUUUGUUGCGGGCGUUCGACGCGAGCGGCAAGGCGGAGGCCGGCAGUGGCAAUCCUAGCCUUGUAGAGCUACAGCAGGCUGUCAUACGAUGCGUUAUGCGAUUACCCGGAAACGAUCAGUGCUGCGAUUGCUCCUCGCAAAACGACGCCACGUGGCUGUCGACGAACUUCGGCAUAAUAGUGUGCAUAGAGUGCAGUGGCAUCCACCGAGACUUGGGCGUGCACAUAUCGCGAAUACAAUCCUUGACGUUGGAUAACGUCGGCACCGCUCAACUGUUGCUUGCUCGACACAUGACCAAUCAGGCAUUCAACGAGGUGAUGGAGGCGACGUUACGUCACAAUCUCAAGCCAUCGCCGACAUCGACGAUGGAAGAGCGGUACGAGUUUAUACGUGCCAAAUAUGUGGACAAGAGAUAUGUGAUGAACACAUGCGCGGAUGAGCGCGAUCUACUUUCUGAUUUGGAGCAUGCUGUUAAUAAUCGUGACUUACAACAACUUCUGCAAGUCUUCGCCGAAAACGUGGACUUGGCGGCGCCGUUGCCAACAUCGGACGUAGGUGAAACGGCGUUACACUUGGCCAUUCUGCGCGAGAUGGGCAGCAGUUUGCACAUCGUGGAUUUUCUAGUGCAAAACAUGCCUAGCGGCGGUAUCGAUAGGGCAACUAUCGAUGGCGAAACAGCAUUGCAUCUUUCCGCGCGACACGACAGAGCAGAAGCAAUGAAACUGCUUCUGCGAGCUGGCGCGGAUCCCUCGCAUCGGAACAAACAGGACAAGACUCCGCUGGACAUUGCGCAGGAAAUGGGACAUCAUACCUGCAAAGAAUUGCUCAGUCACGCUCUCCAGAGGCAGAAGACAUUGUUUGACAACGUAAACAUUGACUGGAAUCUUUCUCACGAUGAAGGUUCCACGGACUUUUCCGAUGACGAAACGAUAAUAGAGGACAGAAACGGAUGCCUGACGCCUGAAAAAAAAUCACGUAGCAGACCACCAUCAUACGCCGGAGGCGGUGGUACUGGAUCGGGUGACUCCCCAGUAACAUUACGCAGUCGAAGCAGCACCUGCGAUAGUUUACAAAGUGGAUCCUCUCCGAGUGCUUCGACCAAUCGCCAACAAAUGCCUCCGCCGCCGCCGCCACAAGCGAGGAAGCCUGUUGCUGUUCCUACUCCUAUGGCACCGGACAUUUCACUGAACAUCCAUGGCUCGCUGAAGAAGCGGGUAGCGCCGCCACCGCCGCCAUCCACUGGAAGUGCCGCUACCGCGAGUGGCAUUGUGCUACCGUCAUCGCACUACGGUACGCUACCCACAUUGGCUACGUCGACGCACAGUCGUACGACCAGCGAGCCAAUUUUAGCCGGCCACACUUUACACACUCUACCGCAUACGUUGAACACACUAAAUAGCCAACAUCAUAAGAGAUCACCGAGUGGCGACUCGUCAACCGGACACGCUAUGGACAAGAUAAACAGCUCAACGCUGCAGAGACCGCGAAAUCCACCACCUCCGGCGCCGUCCGGUAUUACGUCCAGACUCAGCAAUGGACGAAGCAGUGAAUCCUUGAGCUCCAUGUGCUCGGAUCACAGUCUGGGCAAUCCCAUUCCGCCACCGCGAAAGCGAAGGGACCGGUCCAGGCUAGAGAGCUACGCCGAAGAGCCUUCAUCUUUGCUCCUAAAUCUGAAUCUGCCAACGUCGUCGACCUUGACCGGUCUUCGACGCUGUCGAGCCCUGUACGACUGCGUGGCCGACAAUGAGGACGAGUUGUCAUUUCGCGAGGGCGAGGUCAUCAUAGUGACGAACGAGCAGACCGAUGAUGACAAUUGGAUGGAGGGUGCCCUGGAACGAGCGCCAGAACGACGAGGCAUGUUUCCGAUCAGCUUCGUGCACAUGCUGCAGGAUUAACAUUCGGUAAGCCUCAACUCGUUAACGAGCGUCACGAGCACUGCCAGUUCGAUGAGUGUCGCCAGUCUCGGCCGAAGAAGCUGGCUAAGGAAGCCAAGGGAAUGAACCAACAUACGUUCAAACCAUCUAUCCGCUGUCUCUUCAGAGCUCAACUAUCAUAAGAGUUCUAUGGAACGAACGUUAGAGACGUGAUAAGCGCCGUUAAACAAAGAAUUUAUCUGCAUUUUGACUCUCACGUUCCCGUUGUGUUUCGUAAAAAACUGGUAUUCCUAAAAAGAAAGAAUACAUCAGUUAUGAAUAAAAGGGUGGAAUUUUAACACCAGAUAAUACUUAAGAAAAUUAAACAAAAUAGUAAUAUAAAUCUAUUUUUUUUGUUUUUAAAUACACGAAGCAAGUUUAUAAUCCUAGUUAAUUCUUAUGUUUUAUUGUUCUAUAAAGAGAAAGUGAUUCAAUAGCAUAAAAAAUUUUUUAUGUUAUUUUAAAAUGCAUUUAUAAUUAAAAAGCAAAAUUAAUAUAUAUAAAGUUCUAUUUUUACUAAUUAAUUUUUAUAUAUAUUUGCAUAAUUAUUUGCUAAUUCGAGUUUCAUUAUGCUGAAAAAUCACAUACCUUAUUGACGAUUUCUUGAACACUAAAGAGUUCUAAGAUUUUUCUCUACCAUGGCACAAAGUUAUUUCUAUUUAUACAACGGUACUUCUCAUCUUACAAUACUUUACGAAAGAUUCUUUUAAGUCGAUCAAAUAUUUUGUAAUAAAUUUCAAUUUUUAUUUUUGUCAAUAUGAUCAACAUAUUCUAUGUGAUCCUGUAUUUUGUUCUAAAGAAAUUAAAAAUAAAUAUUAAUUUACUUUUUCGGUUCAGGUAAAGUUAAUAGACACCUCGAAGAUUUUACACUGACAAUGAGCCAUAAUCAAUACGUACAUUGUGAAUUGCACUUACUACGUGACUGCAAAAGAAAAAUAAUGUUAUGUCGGCUAUUAGUGUCUUACGCUGGAUGACAAUCAUAUGAAGACCUUUGAAGGCACGUGAAUAUUACAGUCGAUAAUGGAUACUCGGGAAUAUCGUCUUGUCAUCCAGACAGAUAUGAUUAUGCAGCGAGGUUUAUCUUUCCUCAAAGUGUAAUUUCUUCUCUCGUUCUCUUUGAAACAUAGGAUUAAAAAAAAAAGCUAAUUGUACAAACGCCGCAAUGGCGACAUUCGCUGGUUUCCGGUGUUUGUCGAAGAAUGUUGUAUCUGAAGAGUUUAUAGUAGAAAUCAUAUGUGUAAUCGUCUAUUCAUAUUAUAUAUACUUUUGCGAUAUCCAAGAUAUACUCUAUAGUUAGAAAUCCGGCUAACAAAGUAUGACAUUGGAGAUGAUAUAAGAAUAUAUCGCGCAUUGCAGCGGCCGAUGUUGAAAUCUAGGAAUUAAAGAUGAUUCUUGAUUGUAAAAUUGCGCGAUGCUAAUGUGAUAUAUAAUAUUUCAGAGAAUUGUUAACACUUGCAUGGAAACGAACAAAUGCGUCGAACGACAUUCUCCAUAAAUAAAAUAAUAUUAGGUUUUGUCCAAUUCAUUCAACGUAUGUACAAGACGCUUCUAAAAGAGAGAGAGAGAGAGAGAGAGAGAGAGAGAGAGAGAGAGCGCGCACAAACAAGCAUCUAUAGAGAAAAACUUUAAUAAUAAAUAUAUAACAAUAAAUAAUUAUAUGUAGAAAAUAUUCUCUCUCUCUAAAAAAAUAUAUAAAGACUUGAACCUGCAGAUUAGAGAAUGAAGCUUUCAUGGGUGAGCUUACAUUGCAAUGUCUGAAAAAUCCUGUAUAAUACACUCUCGAAAUACUGAUUGCGCUAAAAAGGAAAAAAGAUAUGCACAGUUUACACGGUUUUGAUGUCUCAACAUUCGUGUAUUCUAUUGAUCUGGCGAACACUUCUUUUUUUUUUCAUACUGCCAAUAAUGGAUCGAUUUAACGUAAGGAUAGAUGAAACUCUCGUGGUAUAGAAUAUCGUAUUUUUAUCCUCUACAUUUAGCGGUAAAUGCUGAUUCUUCAAGUCUGAGAUGCUAAUCAAAUGUGUAAUCUUCAUACGAGACAAAUAAAUCUCAGAAUCAAACGAUCAGAUCUGAUGUUGAAUGUAAGGUACAAAUACGAAAUCGUAGUCUUUAUAAUAGCAAAGUGAUUAAAAUUAGUGUAAAAAAAAAGAAAGGAAGAUAAAGGGGCGAAUUUUACGGUCGUUAAGCGACCCGACCGAACCGACACGAGAUGUUAUACCGAUAUUGCAUGAGACAUAGUAUUAAUAGCGUACUUGAUUUAAAUACGUCGUUAUGAACGAGUGUAUAUUUUUUUCUGUAAUGCCAUACUACAUGUUAGUCGAUCAUCAAAUAGAAUAAGGUGUUCGAAACCGAUUAUUAGCCGCCAAGCGUGCUACGAAAAAUGACGAAAACAUAACGCGGACAGACGGAAAUCUUCAUGUCGCGUUAUGUUAUUAUAUUCUAUUUGAAUAUACGAGACCAAAGAUGAUAUUGCAAAAAAAAAAGGAGAGAGUUGCGACGGGAACGGAAUGUUUGCGGAUCCAUUUUAUAAUGUUCUGGUAAAGGUUCUCGAUCCUUUUUCGAACGGAACGAGGAAGACUGUAGCAAAAGCGAUACUUAUUAUUAAUAACGUAAUUAUUUAUUAUUGCUGCCGAUAAAAUGAUUCCGCAAAUAAUCAUGUUUCAAUAACAUUAGUCUGAUCGACAGGAUCGGCGUGUGUUCCUCGUGUAUUUAUUAUACGAAUCGCGUAUCGAUGCUUGUGGGCACAGCAUGAAUGAUUUUUUUUCUUUACAAUUAUUAUAAGGGCUUUGUACAUAUUUAGACAAACGAAAGUAGAAUAGAUACCGUUGUAUUAACUGUGACAUUAGUUUCUUAUAUGUAAUUGAUUUAACUGUGUUAGAAACGCGUAACAUGACUAUUUUAUUUAAAAUGUAUCUGCAAGGAAUUUCUGAACAGCAAAGAAUAUCUCAUCUUACGGUUUUCUUCCGAUGAAGCUAAAAAAAGAAUUUCUCUAUGAAUCAUGUUACUCAUAUAUGUAAAUUCAUGUAUACAUUUUUCCGAAGAGCUAAAUUGUUCACGUUUUAUUUUUCCGAUUGCGCUUUAUCAUUGUCGAUAAAAGAAUUAUUAAUCAGUUUAAAAAAUAUUCUUAUAAUUCUUCAAUAGUCUUCAUAAGAUGCAGGAAAGAAAAUAGAAAAGGCUGCAAGUGCCAUUAUACAAAAGCAGUGUUUUUCAUGAAAAUUUACUUUCACAGAAAAAAAUGUUCUGCUUUAAAAAGAAAAAAAAAAGAAAAUAUAUAUAUAUAUAUAUAUAUAUAUAUAUAUAUUAUCCAUUAUAUAAAAAAAAAUUCAUUAAUAAAAAAAAAUUCUAAACAUAAUAUAAACGAUAUAGACAAUAUUACGGAAUUUUCGAUUUGAAGCAAGUUGAGACUCGGCAGUUUAUAACAAAACUUUUUCAUGAGGGCAUUCUUCGCGUUUUUAAUUUUCUAUUAAUUAACUUUUUUCGGCAGCAUAUAAACAAAUAACAUAUAAAGAAAUAACAUAAACACCAAUAUACAAGAUCGCACGUUACCACAUUUAGACAAAAUAAGAUUGUCCUUGUGGAGUCAGUUUAAUAGAAAUUUUUGUAGAUAUCUUAAACCAGACAAUUAGAGGAACAGAAAGUAUAAAAUUACGGCUGGAUGCAAUUUUGUUUUUAAGUCAAAGCGAUAUAUAAGCUCUAUCGUCUAAUGAACGAUAUGUAAUGUUAUAUUGAAGUUGUAUCUUAACAUCGAUAUAUAGUAUCUGUAAUAAAAGAAAAAACUGUUAUCUUUAUUUAAUAUUAGAUUAACAAUCUUUCUCACCAAAUUCCAUGUUGUCUGAGAAUUCAUCGACUUCUUCACAAGCGCAUCAACACAAUAUCUAUUUAUCUUCGGAAUAGAGUAAAACGCGUGUCGUCGAUUCAUGUAAAUACGUGUAUAGAUAAAAGUAGAAUUUGUGCACGUGUAUGUGUGUGUAUGUUGGACGACGAGAAAAAAUGUAAUAAAUUGAUGUUUAUAUUAUAUCGAAUACAUAUUAUAUACUCACGCAUUAUAUAUAUAUAAAUCGAAUUACAAUUUAGACUUAAGAAGUUUGUGGAUAUUGUCUAUUUAAAUAACUGUAUGAUUCAAAUGUAUGAUGCGAUCUAGAUCCUUUACAUUUCAAACUUAAGAAUAGUCAUUAGAUAGAUUGUAAGUAUUUAUUAUUAUUUUCUAGCCACUUUCUCUCGUAUAUUAGACGGGACGCGUGAAUGUAUAGUAAAAACGAAACAGGUUCUUCGAAUAUUUGGUACGAACAAUAGUAAGAUGCGUGAGCCAAUCCAUUAAUUACGGUGAUUGCAUCACCGUAAUUAAUUAAAUUCCCUGUCUGUCUCUCUACCUACAACUAGAGUAAUUACCCGAAAAGAUAGGAAAUCUCUUAAUUUACGUCAACACUUUUUAGCUAAUUAAUUUUCAAUCAAUGAAAUGAAAAUUAAAGAAAAAAAAAUGAAACAAAGGAUCAGCAAAAUUUUCACACGUUUUUGUUAUUUGAGUUUCUGUAUUCAUCUUAUAUAGCUAGAGUUGUGAUUUAGAGUUUGACAGAAAACAUGAAAAGAUUUCGCUUUCUAUCAAAGUGUCGAUGCAAUCCAUCCUGAAGAGAGGACAAUCGUAAUGAUAUGUAAAGCUCGUGAACCCUUUUUUAUCAGGGGAUGCGCCGUAAAUCAUUUUUGUACUCGUAUCCGAUAUUUUAAAAACCUCGUAUCGAUAUUGCGUGUAAGAAGAUGCAUAUUAAUAUAUUAAAUCCCUACGUAUACGUAGCCAUUCCGUUAGAGAUGGUGAGCAAGGAAGGGAGAACGAUGAUGACGCAAGUCGAUCGAUCAAAAUCACACCAUUCUAGAUAGUCGGCGAACGCGUGUUGUAUUUCGCCGAUACAGGUCUAAAUAUUUAUAUAUUACACGGAACGAUAACAUUAUAUCGACGUUUACUAUUAUAUUUCACCGUUAAAACUGUGCACAACGUCUUCGAAUGGGGCGCGACUUCAAAAAAUGUAACAAAAGGAGAAAAUAAAUGCUGUUUAGAGAACUACAAAAUCAA